AUGACUCUUUACUACAGCUUGGUCUUCUGCCUUUUGGUAUUUGAGAUGGCCGUCUUCAUGGGCCUUAUCAUCCCGCUUCCUUUCACUGUCAAGCGGAAGCUGUUUACAUUCAUUUCGGAAAGUCCCUUAGUAGCAAAAUUACAAUAUGGAUUGAAGAUCACAUUCAUAUUCAUAUUGAUUCUGUUCAUUGACAGUGUCAACCGCGUCUAUCGCGUGCAAUUGGAGCUCGCUUCUUUCACUAAGGAUGGCAAUGGAAUGGGAGCGGCUGCACUUGGCACAGAUCGCAUGGAAGUCCAGGCUCGCAAGUUCUAUUCCCAGCGUAACAUGUACCUUUGCGGCUUCACUCUCUUCCUGUCUCUCAUCCUCAACCGUACCUAUACCAUGAUUCUCGAGGUCCUUCGCCUUGAGGACCGCGUCAAGCACCUUGAGGGCGACAAAAGGGCUGGCGGCAAGGACUCUGCCCGCCUCGCUCAGGCUGGUGAUAUCGGAGAGAUUGCACGCCUUAGGAAGGAGAUUGAGGCCAAGGACAUUGACAUUGAGACCCUGAAGAAGCAGUGUGAGGGACUUACCCGUGAAUACCACAGCUUGGGCGACAAGGUUGCUGGCACCACCAACGAUGGCUCCAAGAAGGAUCUGUGA